UAUGUCAUUGUGUGAACAUUGUGUGAAUCAGAGAGAGCAUGUGUGCCUGGAAGAGAGUGUUCCCUACCUCUAGUGCUCCAUACCUCCAAAUCCAGUGGUUCUAUAAUUCUGUGAAAGGUACUAGAGAGGUCCUGACAGCCAGGUGACCAAAAACCACCACUACAGUGGGAAUCAUGGUAUGGAGACAAGGGUCAUUGUAACUAUCCUGAGCACCUCAUAGCUUCAGGAUAGUUCACAAAUUAAUGUUCUUAAUAUCUUUAAGGGUGGGAGUUGGUUUCCAUUCUCUGACUCGAAGAAAGGCAAUGAAGAGCUGUUGCUGGAACAAAAAAGCUCUAGGUUCAAAUCCUGCCUGUGAUCAAUAUUGUCUCAUAACCCUGAGCAAAUAAAUCACUUAAUCUCUUGGGUUCCUAAAAAACUCUGGAGGACAGGGAUUCUUUUCUUUUUUUAACAUAUCAGUACAACUUUUAAUAAUUGUUUUCUGACAUUUCGCAUCCAUGUUCUCCCCCUCUCUUCUACCUCUCCCCAAGAAGGCAGGUAAUAUGAUUUAGGUUGUACAUAUUUUAUCAUAUAAUACAUAUAUAUUUCCAUGUUUGUCAUGUUGUGAAACAGGAGACAUAUUGCUUACACUAGAGAAAAAUUCAUGGAGAAAAUAAAGUGAAUGCUUCAAUCUGCAUUAACACUCCCUCAGUUCCUUCUAUAGUGGUAGAUUGCUUUUUUGGUCAUGAAUCCCUUGGAGUUGUCCUGGAUUCUUGCAUUGCUGAUAAUAGUAGUCAUUCACAAUUGAUCAUCCUACAUACAUUAUUGUUGUUAUUGUGUACAACAUUCUCCAGGUUCUGCUCAUUUCACUUUGCAUCACUUCAUAUCAGUCUUUCCAGGUUUUUUGUGAUCAUCCUGUUUGUCAUCUCUUAUGGCUGUAAUAUGGUGGUGUUGGGUAUCAAGAUGUUUCACUGUGGGUUAAAGACCAGCAGUUAACUCUGACCAGGGCAGAACCUGGUCUGAGAUCAACACACAGGCCACUCAGUAAUAAGGAAAGUAUUUAAUUUUAAUAGGAAAAGGUUAAAGAGAAUUUGGAUAACCCUAAUGCUAAUCCCACUAACAAAUUCCCCAGAUCUAAAUAUCCCUGUGAGGAAAGUCUUCAAAGAGACAUUGGACUACUCUAAUCUUUCCUCACUCACCUAAAAUUCCUAGUCCCUGCAAUAGCUAAUUCUGCACUAAAACCCCCCCUUAGUUAAUAUUAAAAGGGUAAUGGUCUGUGGUGAGCUUAGCAGGGCCCAGGGAAGGUCCCAGAUCCAAAAGGACCUAGACCUAGUCCUAUAAUCACUGCAGACAGAUAGUUUAGAAUCACCAAGUUUUUCUCCAAGGAAAUACAUAAGACAGCAGGCAGGAUAGGAAUCAGGACUAAGAACUCAGGAUAAGCAGCCACACUCCCCAGAUACCUCCAGAGAGACCACCAGACUCAACAGUCUCUGAAUAAUAGCUUAACCCUUCCUGCAGAAUUCCAGAAUCUUUUCCUUGUUGGUCUCAUGCCUCUGCCCUUUGCAAAACCUAUCAAACUUCUGUCUUAUAACAUGGCAUAAUAGUAUGCAAUUAAAAUCAUAUACCACAACUUAACUCUCCCCAAUAGAUGGACAUCAUUUCAGUUUCCAGUUCUUUGCCACAACAAAAAUCUACUAUAAAUAUUUUUGUACAAGUAGGUCUUUUCCCCUAUCUUUUUUUUUUUUAAACCCUUACCUUCUGUCUUGGAGUCAACAAGGCAGAAGAGUGGUAAGGGCUAGGCAAUGGGGGUUAAGUGACUUGCCCAGGGUCACACAGCUGGGAAGUAUCUGAGGCCAGAUUUGAACCUAGAACACCCAUCUCCAGGCCUGGCUUUCAAUCUACUGAGCCACCCAGCUGUCCCCUUUUCCCCCUAUCUUUAAUCUCUUUGGGAUAGAUACAGACCUACCUAGUAGUGAUAUUGCUGGAUCACAGGGCGUGCAUGCCCUUUGAGCAUGGUUCCAGAUUGCUCUCCAGAAUGAUUGUAUUAGUUCACAGAAAUACCAACAGUGUUUUAGUGUCCCAUUUUUCCACAUCUCCUCCAACUUUUAUCAUUUCCCUUUUUUUGUCAUGUUAAUCAGUCUGAUAGGUGGUGGUACCUCAGAGUUAUUUUAAUUUGCAUUUCUCUAACAGUGAUUUGGGGCAUUUUUUCCUGUGACUAAAGAUGAGGACAGGGAUUCUUAACCUGAGGUCCAGACUUGUUUCAUUUUAUUUUUUUACAUCUUGAUAACUAUAGUUUAACAUAAUUGAUGCCCUUGGUAAUACUACAUAUUUUGUUUUAUGCAUUUAAAAACAUUAUUCCAGGACAGCUAGGUAGCACAUUGGAUAGAGCAUCAGGCCUGGAGUCUGGAAGACAUGGGUUCAGACUCUUCCUAGAUGUAUGACUCUGGGAAAAUCACUUAACCUGGAUUGCCCAGCCCUAGCCACAUUUCUGUCUUAGAAUGGAUACUAAGAAGCUCACUUUAGAGAGAAGAUUCGAUCUCUAGAGCCACUGAAAGCCAUGCUAAUCAAUGUGUCUGAAAACUGCAAUGAAAAAAUUCUGGCUCUCAGGGCGGAGGAGAGAUAUGAAAUCAAAAUGCUGAGGAAAGAGAAAAUUAAUUUAUUAAAGCUCAUUGAUAAGAAGAAUGAAGAGAAGGUCUCUCUGCAAACACAAGUGACCAAGCUACGGAAAAACUUGGCAGAGCAAUAUCUUCACUUCCUUAAUGAACGCGAUGCCAGAAGGAUCCUUGUUGCAGAUCUUAACGAGCUUCGAUAUCAGCGGGAAGACAUGUCUCUUGCCCAGUCUCCAGAUGUGUGGGGAGAAGAUCCUGUAAAGUUAACCCUGGCCUUGAAGAUGGCUCGUCAAGACCUCACCAACACUCAGAAGGAACUGAACACAAUGAAGGCAAAUUUUGGUGAUGUUGUCCCCAGAAGGGACUUUGAAAUGCAGGAGAAAAGAAACAAGGCAUUAUAUGAAAUGCUGGAGGGCUUAAAAACUGACUUUGAAGAGAUACGGAAGGAGUAUGAAACACUGCUACAGGUUCACAUGGCAACUGUAAAGGAUAGGGAUGAAUUCUUCAAUGAACUGCAAGAGAUACAACGGACCUCUACUCCCAGGCCUGACUGGUCCAAGUGUAAAGAUGUGAUAGCCGGAGGACAAGAUCGCUGGCGCUCUUUGGCUGCAGGGAAAAGCAGUAACCAGCUUGUCGGUGUGCUUCUAGAAGAGAUUGGUUCAGGGCUUCUCCGAGAAGUGGAGACCUUCGAAGGCAUGGGCACCAGUGAAGAAAUCCCAGAGUUCCUUCGGUUUGAAGGUUUUGCCCAAAACAAAAAACUAAGCAGAAGGGAAGUGGUGGAGAUCAUCAAAGACGUCUGGAAAGAGCGGAUGGCUGAAGAAAAACAGAAAGAGGAGAAAUCCACUUUGAGCCAGUUUUUCCUCAACUACCUGAAAAACCGCUUUGGGGAAGCCUCUGCCAUGGACUGGUCCUACACCAUUUUUGAAAAUAUCAGACUCUUUCACUCAGUUGAAGUUAUGAAGCAAUUUUAUGAGGUUCUGUCAGGAAAGGUAGAAGAAGGGGUAUACAUUAGCCAGAAAGAACUUGUGGCCUAUCUGCUGAAGGAGUUGAACAACAGUGACAUCCAUAAUGACGGAAACCUCACCAUGGAUCAAUUCAGUGCAGCCCUCAAGAAUGCCUGGCCCCUCAAGACAGAAGAGCAAAUUCAGGAGCUGGUGGACACGGCUAAGUUAGAGGACUUCCCCGAAGAUAUCAUUCAAUACCGAGUUUUGUUUGUUGAGGAUGAACUGGGAACACCAGGGCUCUUCAUUAAAAAAAUGUGGGAGCAGGCCCAAAUUGAGAAGCAGGCCUAUCUGCAGGACCUGGAGGUAGAACUUGGACCCAACAUGUUGGCUGAGUUAGGCCCAGAUCAACUGCGCCAAGCCCUGAUUGCCAUUGACCCCUCCCUGGAUGAGCAAACCCUGGACAGCUACGUGAGCCAGGCCUUCCAGAUUCCUAUAACAGAAUUGGAGCCAGAUAUAGUAGAGGAACAAAGGGUCCUGCUAGCCCACUUAAGAGCUGGAGCCAUCAAGCGAAUGGGCCCUCGAGAGCAUGAGACAGGUUCCUAAACCCUAUCCCAGCCAGCCCAAGUAAAACUUCUACCUUUGCCCAUGGAAGUGGAGGAGAGGAUUGGCAGCCAACCCAAACCAAGCUCUGCUUCCCUUCCCUCCCUCAACCCCAACUUCUAAAGCAAAGAUCCCUUGAUUUUGCAAACAAAUAUAUAUCAUUUGUAAGAA